CAUUAACACUUUUUAGGAUGAUGCUCGAUAUUCUGGCGGAUUGUGCAAUAUCGACCGAUGGGGGAGCACCGGAAGGAUGGGUUCAAGUAACGUGGUCAGCAUUCGUUUAUCUUUAAAAGAACUGUGGCAAUAUGCUAUAUAGUUCUGUAAAGAACAUCCCUCCUACUAAAUGGCUACAAGUAGCGACAAGCAAAAAAAUAUCGUACUCUUCGGGCAGAGCGGAGCAGGCAAAAGCUCACUCAUCAACCUCAUGGCGGGAGAGCACGUAGCAGUCACAUCCCCCGACAUGAGACGUUGCACUAUGCGCUCAGAAUCAUAUAACGUCGAAUUUGGCGGCGAGUCUUACAAGGUGUUCGAUACCAUUGGACUCGAGGAACCACAGAUGGGACUCCCACAGUACCUCGAAGCUGUCGAGAAUGCCUACAAGCUCAUCCAGGAUUUGGAGAGACAAGGGGGCAUUGAUUUGCUUCUGUUCUGCAUGCGCGCAGGCAGAGUUACUGCCACACUUCAGAGCAAUUAUCGGCUCUUUUACGAAUUCCUCUGCGAGAAGAAGGUUCCCAUUGUUAUAGCGAUCACACACCUUGAGCAAGAGGCGACUCAGGACAGUGCAAUGGACGACUGGUGGAAGAGAAACGAAGAAGUCUUCCAUCAACAUCAAAUCCAUGUCGCUGGUCAUGCGUGCGUCACCACUGUUGAUAGGCGUGGCAGUUACACACGCCUGUAUAAAGAAUCGCGCGACACGAUCCACGAUGUAAUCAAGAAGUUUACUGCCAACGGGCAGAAGGAAGCAUGGAUAGGAGGAAACAACCUGUUCGUGUCGUUGAUGCGUAAGCUGAAGGAGCUACUUGUGGGGAAUUUGCGUCCGAGGAAGGAUAUCGUCCCUCGCCUCACUAAGCGUUGCGGUAUCUCUCGAGAAGUUGCAACGAAAUUGGCCGAUAUGAUCAAGAAAGAAUCUACUUAACUUCCCGUGUUCAAUAACUUGUGCUCUUCCGGUUGUAGACUUUGUUCUUCAUACGUCAUACAUAAUUCUACUUACAAUAAUAUUAUGCAUGCUUAAGUACUCCGACA